CCAAUUCGAAAACUACUUUUGUUAAACUAUAUUUUGCAUUUGGAAAAAUGCUGCUCAUCUGCAUAUCUGUCCUUGCUGCAAUUUCAGCUCAUCCAUUGUCAUCAGGAGAGAUGCGUGCAGCAGUCUCAAAUUUGGUUCGAGAAAUCGACUCCACUCAUCUAACUACUAAACCAUCCCUGAAAAUAAUUGAAGGUCUUGAAGACAACACAGUUAGCACUGGCGAGAGCGUAACUCUUCGAUGUGACGUACUGUCCACACCGACUGGAGUCAUUUACUGGGAAAAGGAUGGCCAACGAAUCCAGGGAGAUAAAGAGCUUAAUGUUUUUGAAAAAGUAUUGAACGCUAUGGGUCCUACAGUCGAGUCAGGUAUCAUCACCAGUAGCUACCAAAUCCCAUGCGCAAAUCUCCAUCAUAUUGGAUCCUAUAAGUGUGUAGCCACAAAUGGGCACGAUACCGUCGAAAGCUCUGCAAAAAUCUCAGUUGAAGGACAAACUGUUAAGUGUAAAUCAACGCGCCGCUCAGCCCCAGUAAUCACAAUGUCUACUGAAUCCCGAUUUGAACUUCAAGACAAUGCAGCUACUCUUAUCUGCCGUGCUGAUCGUAGAGCCAAUUGGAAUUGGAUGUUCGAAGACAAGAAAAUAGAUUUUGACAGCGGCCGAUAUGAACUACUUCCAUCCGGUGAUCUUCUCAUCCGGAAAAUCCAGUGGUCAGACAUGGGUUCAUACUUUUGCAUUGCUCAUAACAAGUAUGGAGAGUCCCGUGGUGAAACCUUCUUGUAUCCCACCAAAAAACAUAUUGCUUAAUUUAUUUUGUUGGUAUCCUUAAAUUUAUUUUUACAUCCUGUUGAAUUGUACCCCUAACUUAUCUAGUCGUUUUUCCUUACAAACCCGUGAACAGAUCUCACUUACAACACUUGAUUCUAUGCAUAUUUUGUUCCCUAAUAAAAGUUUUCAUUUUG